GAAUUGCGUCCCGCGCGCGCUUUUCUGCCCUGCCGCUCGUACCCUGUCAGGCGGCGGCGAUCGGGCGGGCCGCGGCGGGGCCGCUUCAUGGCAUAGCGCGUGUCUACCCCCGCGGCUGAGGGCUCCGCUCCCCGCCAGUGCCCGGGGCAUGGUGGGCAGGGUCGCCGUGGCCGCGGCGGCCGCCUCGCUCUCCGAGAAGGACGGCGACGUUCAGCCAUGCAAGAAACAGCGAGAGGAAGAUGCUUCUAUAAAAACAAUUACAAAAUAUUUCUCACCAUUAGCAAAACCAAUGGAUAAAAUGUUGUCACCUCCAAAACCCAACAACAUACUGGACUACUUCAAAAAGACAUCCCUGUCUGAGAAAGUGACAUUCCUAGAUGUAGCUGGAGAAAACAGGACACCCUUGGAUGCUGAUGACAGAGAGUGUACAUCACCUUUUAAACCACCUGUGAAGCGCAAGAGGAAAGGGAAGAAAGUGAAUUUAAAUAAGAAGCUAAGAAAGAUGAAAGAAUCUGAAUGUGAAAUAGAAAUCAGUAGUGAUAGCAGCAGAGAAACAACGGGACUGAAACAAGAGAGUAAUGAUUUUACUGCUGUUUGUACUUUAGCUGACCAAAAAGGUGCGAGUGAGUUAGCAGAAGAUUAUGUGCAAAGAGAGACAGCCAUCUGCAAAAAAAGGACAAAGAAAGUUCGUUCUGGCGUAAAUGGAGCAAAAAAUAGGAUAAGAAAAUCGAGGAAAAUGAAACAAAACAUAAAUAUGGAUUUGUCUGAAAGCUUUUCAUCUGAAAACCAGUGGAAGGAGAAGUGUGGAAAGGAAAGUGAAUAUGGGGAAAUGAUCAUCUUUCCUCCCACAGCUGAGUGUGACACUGUCAUUAAUGAGUCCAGUGCUGAAGUUCAUACCAGCGAUAAGACAUCAGAGAUAAAUAGUAGUAUCAUAACAGUAUCGUUUGAGGACUUCUUGAAGAGUCAGGGAGGAAACAGUGUAGAUCAUGUUGAAGAAGAUGUAAAGCCCACAACAAACACAUGUGCUACAGCAUAUGUAACAGACAAAAGUGAUAUUAGUGACCCAGAAAAGUUAGAGGAGUCUCAACAGCUACCUCUUAGAACAGUAACCGUCCUUGCACAAGUUCAUUCCAUUCCCCCCAGAUUAGCUCCAUUACAUAAGGAGCAAAAAGGCUCUAGGAAAAUGGCUUCCAUUUUUUUGAAGCAGAAGGGAUCUGUUGGGGUAAGGGAACAUAGCCCACCCCUCCUGGACACUGAGCAACUGGAACUGGUUACUCAGAAAAGAAAAUCUAAUGUAGUUAUUGAGGAAGAAGAGUUGGAGUUGGCUGUGCUAGAGACUGCAGGAUCAGAUUCAUUGAAGCCAAAAUGUUCUCUGGAAGAAAGGCAUCAGUUCAUGAGGGCAUUUAGACAACCAACAUCGGAUGUAAUAAAAAGUGGAGUCAAAAGAGCACCUGGAAAACAAAAGCAAGUCGUUGGAAAGCUUUCAAAAGAAAAAGAGGGAUGUGAAGAUGACAUUGCUUCAAAUAAAGGAUCAGUAAGUGGUGCAUCACAAGGUUAUGUGGACAAAUGUAGACUUUCAAGUCCUGAAAACAGCAAAAUUAACCCCAAAAGACCUAAAAAGCUUCAGAAAAAAGGAAACAGAAGAAGUAGGGUUUCAGGAACUAAGAAAAUUAAUGUCUCAAAUACUCGUAAUGAUAACGAAAAUCUGGAUUCAGGAGUUAAUGUCCUACCUAAGGAAAACACCUUGGAUCUAAGAAUUUCAUCAAGUCCAAAAGUGAGUGAGAGAAGGAGGAGCUUAAGGCAGAAGAAAAUAAGAACAUCUACAAAUACUACACCUGAAAAGCCCAGGAUUAGAAAUCCUUACUCUGAAGCUGAGUUGAGUGACUGUCCUCUACAGGCUUCUACACCAAAAGCCAACAAGCAGUCCCUGAGGAAAAGCAACAUGUAUAAAGCCGAGGUGAUUACUGUGCCCUUUGAUGGAAGCAGCCCCAUCAGGAUGAGGUUUACUCGUAUCAACGCAACCACGAAAUGCAACAAAGCUGAAGCAUUGCAAAAUGAAGAGUUCAACUCCAGAAGUACAAAGAUGAGCUCCACUUCUACAAAUCUAUCCAAGGCCAAGCAGCUGGUUGAGAAAGCAAAGGCUCUAAGGCACAACAGGUCAAGGGCUAGCGAAGACUCACCCGCUCCUGUGCGGCGCUCCUCUCGACAGCAAGCUCUUGCUGAAAAGAAAAAAUCACAAGAAAAUGAAGACUCAGUAAUAAUUUUAGAUUCAAGCCAGAGUAAUGAUGGUCCAACAGCGCAGGACGGGAAGCGGAAGAAUCUUAGGAGCUUAAAUGAUGUUCUGGGGAAAACAUCUAGAAACGUGAAGGUUGUGAAGAGGUCAAAAGGAAAACUGGGAUGCUCACCUGCCUUCCUAGGUAGAAACACUCAAACCUCUGCAAGUGAACCCAUUGUGAUCUUUGAUGAAAGCAGCCAAGAUGCAUCUGAAAACUCUCAAGAUGAUGAUCAGUUCAGAGCAAAACGUGAAUUCUUGAUGAGUGGAUUGCCAGAGUCCUUGAAGAGACAGAUUGCAAAGAAAGCAGCAAUGAUGGAAGUUUACACUCUUGCAAGUUCCUGUUUCAGGACUGUUGUCCAUGUACAGCAGAAGGACGACUGUUAUCCAAUGUGGAAACUGAAAUCACCAUCAUGUCCUCUACUAACUAAGCUAAGGAAACUGAACACUGAAGUCACUAAUGUCACAAAAAUCACUCUCUCACUUGGUGAAUUUUCCACUGUGAAUUCAAAAAUACCUGGAAACCAUUCUGCACCUGUGCUUUCUGGCCACCGACCAGUUUUUCCCGAUACAUUCAGGAAAGAUUUACUGGAUGAGAUCAUGUCUUCUAAUUCUCAAUUUCCUGUGAGAAAAUACUUCUACAAGUUUCUGAAAAGGCAAAUGGAACGGCUGGGUUUUGAAACCAGUACACAAGAAAGCAAACAGGACACUGCAAAUCCUGAGGUAAAUCAGAAACAUUCUGACAACUGGAAGGAAACUAAGAGGAAAAGGAAAGAAACAGAAGACCACAAAUCAAAAAGAAGGAAACAAACUGAAGGUGCAGACGCUGAAAUAAAAUCUAGAACUUCCAGGAACUUUAUUUCUGCUGUAUCUGGAGGAAAAGAAGCAGAGACAGGACAAGCAACACAUGUGGAAAAAAACAAGACCCAGACACCAGCUGUUAUAACAGAAGACAUUGAGUAUUUAUCGGAGCCAAAUGCACUUUCAGGUGUUGAAAAGGAAGACAUGCUCUGGACAGAAAAAUACCAGCCUCAAGAGUCCAGUGAACUUGUAGGGAACAAGAAAGAAAUUGAAAGGCUGCACAGUUGGUUAAAAGAAUGGAAAAAAAGAGCUGAUUGGGAAGAAAAAAGGAAUCAGAAAGGGGAAAAGGAGGACAAAGAUCAUCAAGAUUCUCUGGACAGCCUUGACUUUAAAGACAGUAAAUCUGAUCUUGAGGAAGAGACUGGUCUUUGCAAUACUGUUCUGAUAACUGGUCCACCAGGAGUGGGGAAAACUGCUGCAGUGUAUGCUUGUGCCCAGGAGUUGGGGUUUAAGAUAUUUGAAGUCAACGCCUCUUGCCAGCGCAGUGGAAGACAAAUACUGUCCCAGCUGAAAGAAGCUACCCAGUCUCAUCAAGUGGACAAAAAAGGCAUUAAUGCACAUAAACCUUGCUUUUUCAACAGCUGCAGCACUGUCAAGUCACCCAAAAAAAUGUACUCUCCAAAGAAAAUUGUCUCACCAAGAAAACCUCCACUGUCACCAAAAGGAGCAGGAAUAAAACGCAGCUUGCCCCCCAAAACACUUGCAAACUACUUCAAAAUGUCUUCCAAACGGAAAGAUAAUGAUGGAGCAGUAACACCUCAAGAGAAGAACAAAGGAAAUACUCAGAAUUCACAUGAAGAAAGGAAAGAUGCUCAAAUUAAGUCAAUAAAGAAAGAAGUAGAAGGAGGAGAACCCAACAGAAAAAGUGCAACAUCUCUCAUUCUGUUUGAAGAGGUAGAUAUCAUAUUUGAUGAAGACGCAGGAUUUCUAAGCGCAAUAAAGACAUUCAUGACAACUGCAAAGAGACCUGUGAUUCUCACAACUAAUGAUCCAACAUUCAGCUUAAUGUUUGAUGGCUGUUUUGAAGAGAUCAACUUUAAAACCCCUUCCUUGAUGAAUGCUGCCAGCUAUCUUCAAGUGCUGUGUCUGGCUGAGAAUCUGCGGACAGAUGUGAAAGACUUGGCUUCUCUCUUAGCUACAAAUAACUGUGAUAUCAGACAAAGUGUUCUCUACUUACAAUUUUGGGUUAGAAGUGGAGGUGGAUACUUGCAAGACAAAUGCUUGGCACAUCAUGGAGGAGAGGAGACAGAUAAAGCAGAGCACAUAACUCCUUCUGAAAAGACUGCUGAUGCCAAGAAUGAUCUCUCUCAAGCUGCUACACGUCUUCAGGAGUUUCCAAAAUGUGAUACAGGCUGUGUAGAGACAUUGCUUGGCCUUAAGAAUAUCCUGUUGCCUUCAGAAGAUUUGUUUACAUUUCUUAAGUACAAAAUAAAUACUGGGGAGAAAUGGAAUAAAGUGAUGCAGCUUCUUACAGAAUUCCAGCUGAGGAAAGUGGAUUUUAUAUACAGCAAUCUUGAACUGCUUCUUCCCUUACCAGUGCAAGUCCUUUCAAACCAGUCUGAAGCCUCCAGCUCUAUACCUGAAAAGACUACUGUAGUUUCUGCAAAAUCCAGAUCUACUAACAAUUGUUGCUCUGGAAAAAGUAGCCUUGGGAAAAGGUCUAAAAAGACUAAGAACCAGAAAAGACUUCGUAUAUUGGAUGAUAGUGACUUGUUUGAUGCUGGACUGAACUAUUCAGCUGAGUUCUUGACUUUGCCAUCAGAUACUCCUGCAUCAUGUGCUGAAGUGAAUACAGAGAAAUCAGAAUUUUUGAUGAAUAAAGAAAAAAAAGAUGUCAAGACUGAAACUUCAGCAAAUGAGCAAAGGUCUGCUCUUGAUUUCCAGUGUCUGAGUCUACUGACUGAAUUCGUGGAGAACAUGUCUUUCUUGGACUGCUGCGUAAACAUGAACACCAAGGAACCACUGGAGUUUUCCAAAGAUGAAGGAUUUAGUUGGACAAAUGGCAAAAUCAGAAAUGGUCUUUGUGAUGAAUUCAGUAUAGAAAAUACUGAUUGGUGGAGUUUACAGAGCUGCAGUGAAAUACAGGCAGCUAUAGAAGCAUUCAGUUUUAACAAAUGUUCUGUUAGUAUUUCACAAUGCUUGGAAUCCUCUUUGAGUAGCAGUAAAACACCCAAAAGUGAUCAGCUGGAGGGACCUGCUUUGCAUGUUUCACACACAAGAAAUUGUGUAUCCUUCAGUCAGUCAGCUGAUCUAAGCAUUCACAAAAAAGCACAGAAGAGGCUGGCAGUCAUCAGAACCGUGUUUUCCAGAAGUCCUGUCAACCUAGGUAAUAAGCAAGCCAGCAUCCUGGAAUACCUGCCUGCUCUUCGCAGUAUCUGUAGGUCUGAGAGGCUUAAAGAGCAAGGGAAGACUAAAAGAAGAUUCUUGCAUUAUCUUGAAGGGAUUCAUCUGGAAAUACCCAGACCAAUGCUAAAUGGUCUGUCUUUGGACUUCCCUUGACAGUGCUAACACCAGCAGUACCUUGUGCCUAAUGGUGGGAUUCUCACCAUAGUUUGAUUUUUCUUAUUUUUUUAACCACAUUACUUUAUUGUACAUUCAGAGCCAUUUGUAUAUUAAAUUUUUAUAAGUAUUUAAAAUAAUGUAUAUAAUCUAUUGUCAUGAUACUGCUCUCCACAGCUGAAAUGUGGGUUUAUUUGGUGCUUAUCCAAGAAGUGCAUUUAUAAUAUUAAAUGCACAAACUAAUCACCAGUGACUACUCCUUGCUAUCUCCCUCUGUAACUUGUGUCUCACAGAGCCAGGAGUCCUUUUGUGACAACCAACUGGCACACCUUCCACAGUAAAGGUG